GUGGCACAGUUGUGAGGCGCAGGGAGGAAAUUCGUUGGUAACCUGGAAAGUACAGUGAUACAACAGGUGAUAUACAAAUAUUCAGAGAGAGGAGAAGUUAAAACAAUAAUGCAGAAACAUGGCUUUGUUGGAGCUGUACACCGAGUACAACAGAGUGUGGAUACCAGAUGCAGAGCAUGUCUGGAAGUCAGCCGAGAUUAUGAGAGACUUUCACUCUGGGGACAAUGUUCUCGAGCUGCUCCUUGAAGGUGGCACUGAACACUACUACCCUGUUGACCCAUUAAAGCCACAACUCCCUCCUCUUCGCAACCCGGACAUCUUGGUGGGGGAGAAUGACCUCACCGCUCUCAGCUACCUGCACGAACCUGCAGUCCUGCAUAAUCUCAAAGUGCGAUUUGUGGAGUCCAGAAUCAUCUAUACUUACUGUGGUAUUAUACUGGUGGCUGUAAAUCCAUACAAACAGCUUCAUAUCUAUGGAGAUGCAAUCAUUCAUGCCUACUCAGGCCAGAACAUGGGAGACAUGGACCCUCAUAUAUUUGCAGUGGCAGAGGAGGCUUACAAACAGAUGGCCAGAAACCACAAGAAUCAAUCCAUCAUCGUCAGUGGGGAAUCUGGGGCCGGUAAAACAGUGUCUGCUCGAUACGCUAUGAGGUACUUCGCUGUCGUGAGCAAAUCUGGAAGUAACACUCGAGUUGAAGACAAAGUCCUGGCGUCCAAUCCGAUAACAGAGGCAAUAGGAAAUGCAAAGACCACCAGGAAUGACAACAGCAGCCGCUUUGGGAAAUACACAGAGAUCAGCUUUGACAAGAAGUACCGGAUCAUCGGAGCGAACAUGAGGACGUAUCUCUUAGAGAAAUCCAGAGUCGUUUUUCAGGCAGACAACGAGCGAAACUAUCACAUAUUCUACCAGCUGUGUUCCUGUGCUCAGCUGCCUGAGUUCAAGCAUCUGAGACUGUUGAGUGCAGAUAAGUUCCAGUACACCUGCAUGGGCGGUGAGAUCACUAUUGAAGGUGUAGAUGACAAGAAAGACAUGGAAGAGACUCGACGGACCUUCUCACUGCUGGGGUUGAAGGAGGACUUCCAGUCGGAUGUGUUCAAAGUCUUGGCGGCCAUUUUGCAUUUGGGAAAUGUGGAAAUCAAAAGUUCUGGAGGUGAUAAAUCAUCAGUUCCUUCCGGUGAUCCACACCUGGCGGUCUUCUGUGAGCUGCUGAAGGUGAGCGCUGUAGAGUUGGUGCGUUGGCUGUGUCAUCGGAGGAUCGUCCUGGUGGCGGAGACGGUGGUGAAGCCGGUGCCCAAGAAGCGGGCAGUGAAUGCCAGAGACGCACUCGCCAAGCAGAUCUACGCCCACCUGUUUGACUGUAUUAUUAACAGAAUAAACACGGCACUGAAGGUUCCAGCAAAGCAACACGCUUUCAUAGGUGUUCUGGACAUUUAUGGCUUUGAAACGUUCGACAUCAACAGCUUUGAACAGUUUUGUAUCAACUAUGCAAAUGAGAAGCUUCAACAGCAGUUUAACUUGCAUGUGUUCAAGCUGGAGCAGGAGGAGUACAUGAAGGAGGACAUCCCAUGGACGCUGAUAGAUUUCUAUGACAAUCAGCCGGUCAUCGACCUGAUUGAAGCGAAGAUGGGGAUCCUUGACUUGCUUGAUGAAGAAUGUCUGUUUCCUCAGGGCACUGACCAAAGCUGGCUGCAAAAGCUUUUCAACUACCUCGAGCCCAACCCUCUGUUUGAGAAGCCCAGGUUAUCAAAUGAGGCAUUUGUGAUUCAGCACUUUGCAGACAAGGUGGAAUAUCAAUGCAGAGGUUUCCUUGAAAAGAACAGAGACGCUCUGUAUGAAGAACUGGUUGACAUAAUGAGAGACAGUAAGUUUCCUUUUCUGGCCCACUUUUUCCAAGAGGAGGAGCGAAAUGCUGCCAACAGCAAAGGUGUCAAAGUGAGGCCUGCCAGGCCGGCAGUGAAGCAAGCCAAUAAACAGCUGAGAACCUCUGUGGGAGAUAAGUUCUGCAGCUCCCUCUCUUUACUGAUGGAAACACUGAAUGCUACCACCCCUCACUAUGUGCGCUGCAUUAAGCCCAAUGAGGAGAAGCUCCCAUUUGAAUAUGACUCCCGGAGGGUGGUGCAGCAGCUACGAGCCUGCGGAGUCCUUGAAACGAUUCGUAUCAGUGCCCAGAGCUAUCCGUCCAGGUGGACCUACAUCGAGUUUUACAGCAGAUACAGUAUCCUGAUGACACAUCAGGAGGCCGAUCAGAGCGACAAGAAACAGACCUGCAAGAACGUGCUGCAGAGGUUGAUUCAGGACCCAAACCAGUACAAGUUUGGUCGGACCAAGAUCUUCUUUCGAGCUGGGCAGGUAGCGUAUCUGGAGAAGCUGCGCCUGGACCGGCUGAGAGGAGCCUGCGUGACCAUCCAGAAACACGUCCGCGGGUGGAGCAGGAGGAGGAAGUUCCUGCGCAUGAGACAGGCGGCCAUCAUCAUCCAGGAGUACAUCCGUGGAAAGAGGACAGUCCGUAAAACAGUGACUGCUGCUACACUGAAGCAGGGCUGGGCGUCAGUGGUGAUCCAGAGACACUGGAGAGGUUACCGCAUGAGACAGGUCUAUCAGGUGGUCCGUCUGGCCUCCGUCACCAUCCAGGCCUUCACACGAGGUUGGAUGGCCCGUAAACGGUUCAAGAAGAUGAUGAAAGAGCAAAAAGCCCUGGUUCUACAGAAGUACGCCAGAGCGUGGCUGGCACGGCGACGAUUUCAGACAAUGCGUCGGCUGGUGCUUAACGUCCAGCUCUCCUACAGGGUGCAGCAGCUCAGGAAGAAGAUUGAGGAGCAGAGCAAAGAGAACCGUGGACUGAUGGAAAGACUGACAAGCGUGGCCAACUCGCACUCCCAAUCUGUGGACAGGCUUCAAGUGUUGGAGGCACAGCUGGAGAAAGUGAACAGCCAGAAGGAGUCUUUGGAGGCGAGAGAGAAGAAAGCGAAAGAAGACGCCAGUCUGACAAUUGCAAAGCUUCAAAAGGAAGCAGAUGCACUAAACGUUGAAAAACAGAAUUUAGAGAAACAGUUUGAAGCUUCCACCAAAGAGGCCAAAGAGAGCUUUGAUCAAAUAAAGAGGAGUCUUGUGGAAGAGAAAGACUACGAAGCAAGACUCAGGAAAAUCGCAGAGAACAACAUUGAGAUCCAGAGACAGGACCACGAGAAGGAGGUGGAAACCCUGAAAGAGGAGAUAAAGAGACUGAAGGAGGAGAGAGUCGGUCUGCAGAGGAAGGUAGAGGAGAACGUGCGGACGAACUCUGACCUGCAGGAGCAGGUCAUCCAGCUCAGCAAACAUGUCAAGGUCAUCCCCGAGCUGCGCAGAGACCUCAACAACCUCCAGAAUCAGAGGAACAGCAUGGACCGGAAGGUGAAACAACAGUCGGAACAAGCCAGAGUUAAAAUGAACGAUAUUACGAGACAACUUCUUGGGGGUGUUGUUGAAGAGGACGUUCUCUUGGGCUUAAAUCCAGACAACUCUGAGAAGAUUUAUGAAAUGGAAGAUUUGCUUGAAGCCUUUGAUGGCCUACAGAAAGCUACCAGAAUUCUGCAAAACCACCAGAGGGAGCAGAAGGAAAGCUAUGAGACCCAGGUGGAGGGCUUUAAAUUGAAAGUGGACCACCUUCAAAAUGAAAACACCGAGCUUCAAAAGUUGUUCCAGGAGAAAAGUAACAUCAAUGAAGAUAUUCGCCAAGAGGUGUCCAGGCUCAGCAGUGAGAACUCAGUUAUACCGGAGCUCAAACUGCAGGUUUCAGAGCUGCAGAGACAAAAACAAGAAUUGGAGGCCCAUGUCGAAGAGCAGAGCAGAGAACUAGCAGAAAAAACUGAAGAGAUCACCGACGUCCUUCAAAGGAAGAUUGAAGAAGAGAGCUCACAGCGCAGACACUUUGAGGGGAAAGCUGAGGAGCUGGAGGAGCUGAAGGGGGAGCUACGGGGCCAAAUAGAAGAGCUGGAAGAGGAGAACGAUCACUUGAAGCGACAGCAGCUGAUGGACAGCGAGGCGAAGAUUAAACUGAGACAGGAGAUUUCACGACUGACUGCUGAGAAUAUGGACAUUGAAGAGCUCCUCGACCAGAAAGACAGAUUGAUAAAGAAGCUCCUGAAUCAAAUAAAGAGCCUUGAAGUGUCACAGAAAGCGGGGAAGCCGUCUGCACCCGCCAUGCCCAAAGAUUACCUCGGCAUGUUGGAGUGCAAGAGGGAGGAUGAACCGAGGCUCAUUCAAAACAUCAUUCUGGACUUGAAGCCCAGAGGCGUGGUGGUCGGUAUGAUUCCAGUUCUGCCAGCAUACAUCAUCUUCAUGUGCGUCCGCCAUGCCGACUACCUGAACGAUGAAGGCAAACUCAAGUCUCUGAUGAACGAAGUUAUCAAAGCUAUCAAAAAAGUCAUCAUGAGUUACCAGAAAGACUUUGAGUUGCUGUCGUUCUGGCUCUCGAACAUCUAUCAGCUGCUCAACUGUCUGAAGCAGUACAGCGGGGAGGAGGAGUUCAUGAAACAAAGCACUCCCCGCCAGAAGAAGAACUGCCUGCAGAAUUUCGAUUUGUCCGAACACAGACAGAUUCUCAGCGACCUGGCCAUCCACAUCUACCAUCAGUUCAUCUCCGUCAUGGAGAAGAGCCUCACUCCUGCCAUUGUACCCGGCAUGUUGGAGCACGAGAGCUUACAGGGGAUCUCAAGCAUGAAGCCGACGGGCUUCAGGAAGCGCUCCAACAGCAUCUACGAGGACUCAGAGACGUACACCAUCUCCUCCAUCAUUCAGCAGCUCAGUGUCUUCCACUCCACCAUGAGCCAGCACGGCAUGGAGCAAGGCCUCGUCAAACAGGCCGUGAAGCAGCUCUUCUUCCUGGUCGGUGCGACCACCUUCAACAACAUCAUGCUCCGCAAAGACAUGUGUUCCUGCAGGAAAGGGAUGCAAAUCAGGUGCAACAUCAGUUAUCUGGAGGAAUGGCUGAAGGAGAAGGAGCUGCAAAGCUCGAAUGCUAUAGACACUCUGAGGCCGUUAUCUCAGGCCGCCUGGCUGCUGCAAGUCAACAAAUCCACUGACGACGACGCCAAAGAGAUCAGCGACAAAUGCACCGAACUCAACUCUGUUCAGAUUGUCAAGAUUUUGAACUCCUACACGCCCAUUGACGAUUUUGAGAAAAGGGUGUCGUCGUCAUUUGUCCGCAAAGUUCAGUCAUUACUUCAAGAUCGUGACGGGUCCUCGCAGCUGAUGCUGGACUCAGACUAUCGUUUCCAGGUCACGUUUCCCUUCUGCUCGUCCCCUCAGGCUCUGGAGCUGAUGCAGGUCCCGAGCAGCCUUCAUCUGUCUUUCCUAACGAGGAUCUGACACAGCCGGCCUUUGACCUCUCGCCACACCAUGACUGAUUCAUAGUGCGGUGGCCUUUGGCUGUAUCUCAUUGUACAUGUAAAUAUGUAAACACUUUAAAUAAAAUUCAAGGCUGUUG